GGCCCUCGUGGCCGGGAUGCCACUGUGUGCCGUGCCAGUCCACAGUGGACGGUGAGGGGCAGGAGGAGGGGACCGAGUGCAGGAGACUGAGAGGAGGCGGCCCGCACCAAACAGGAGACAUGAACCUCUGCUGGAACGAGAUCAAACGCAAGUCCCACAACAUCCGGGUGCGGCUAGAGGCAUUCUCCGACAACAGCGGGAAGCUGCAGCUCUCUCUGCAGGAGAUCAUAGAAUGGCUGACAGCCAAGGAUGAGGAGCUGUCGGAGCAGCUGCCCAUAGGAGGCGAUGUGGGGGCCGUCCAGCACCAGAGGGAGUUCCACCAGGCGUUCAUGGAGGAUGUCAAGUCUCGCGGGCCGUUCAUCUACUCAGUGUUGGAGUCUGCCCAGGCCUUUUUGGCUCAGCACCCCUUCCAGGAGCCAGAGGAGACCCUGACCGAUGGAAAAGAGGUGUCUCCACGCCGGCGAAUCUUAAAUGUGAGCCGCUCAGUAUGGAAGCAGGCGAAUGUGGCCAGUGACCUGUGGGAAAAGCUAACGGCACGCUGUGUGGACCGCCAUAGACAUAUGGAGAGGACGUUAGAGCGUCUACUCCAGAUCCAAGCAGCGAUGGAGGAGCUGGCAGUGGCCCUGGAGCAGGCAGAGGGGGUGAGAGAUGCCUGGGAGCCUGUUGGAGACCUUUUCAUUGACUCUCUGCAGGACCACAUAGAUGCUACCAAGUUAUUUAAGGAGGAGCUGACCCAGGUGAAGGAGGGCAUGAAGCACAUCAAUGAUCUGGCCCACCAGCUGGCAAUCUCCGAUGUCCAUUUGUCGAUGGAGAAUGCCCGCGCCCUGGAGCAUCUCAAUAGCAGAUGGAAAGUGCUUCAGGGGUCCAUAGAGGAGCGGCUGAAGCAGCUCCAGGAUGCACAUAGAGACUUUGGCCCCGGAUCGCAGCAUUUCCUUUCCAGUUCAGUGCAGAUACCAUGGGAGCGCGCCAUCUCGCCGAACAAAGUGCCCUACUACAUCAACCAUCAGGCCCAGACAACGUGCUGGGACCAUCCAAAGAUGACAGAACUGUACCAAGCGCUCGCGGAUCUGAACAACAUCAAGUUCUCAGCAUACAGAACAGCUAUGAAGCUGCGACGAGUUCAGAAGGCUCUGAGAUUGGAUUUAGUAGCACUGAGCAGCCUUGUGGAGGUGUUUCGGGAGCAGGAGCUGCAGCAAGGGGAGCAUAUGAUGGAUGUGGUGGAGGUGAUUCACGGUCUGACGGCUCUGUAUGAGAGGCUGGAGGAGGAGAGGUCCAUCCUGGUCAACAUUCCACUUUGCGUUGACAUGUGUCUGAACUGGCUGCUCAACGUCUAUGACAGUGCUCGAAACGGCAAAAUGAGAGCACUCAGCUUCAAGAUGGGAUUGGUGAGCUUGUGCAACGCAGACGUCCAGGAGAAGUACAAAUACUUAUUCCGUCAGGUGUCUGGUCCUGGAGGUUUGACAGACCAGCGUCACCUCAGCCUGCUGCUCCACGAAGCCAUCCAGAUCCCCCGCCAGUUGGGUGAAGUCGCUGCUUUUGGGGGCAGCAAUGUGGAGCCGAGCGUCCGAAGCUGCUUCCGUAUGGCCCCAGGGAAACCUGCCAUUGAGGUGUCUCACUUCUUGGAGUGGAUGAGCCUUGAGCCCCAGUCGAUGGUUUGGCUGCCUGUCCUCCACCGUGUGGCUGCUGCAGAGUCGACCAAGCACCAAGCCAAAUGCUAUGUCUGCAAACAGUGUCCCAUCAAAGGCUUCAGGUAUCGCAGUCUGAAGCAGUUCAAUGUGGACAUCUGCCAGACAUGUUUUCUAACUGGCCGCACUACCAAGGGAAAGAAGCUGCACUACCCCAUCAUGGAGUACUAUACCCCAACGACCUCGGGAGAGAAGAUGAGGGACUUUGCCAAGACUCUGAAGAAUAAGUUCAGGUCAAAGCAGUACUUCACCAAGCACCCUCAGAGGGGUUACCUGCCAGUGCAAUCUGUGCUGGAAGCUGAGAGCUCGGAAACGUGA